UGGUUGCGGCUGUUGACGACACUGUUUGACGACACUGUUUUACGACACCUCACCCAGUCGCUCAUCUCCGUGGUUCAAGAUGGCCUCGUCGUUUUGGAAAGGUGUUGUCGGUGUCGGACUUUUUGCCUUAGCUCAUGCAGCGUUCUCAGCAGCACAGCAUCGGUCAUACAUGCGACUCACAGAGAAGGAAAACGAGACACUACCAAUUGAUAUUGUAUUACAGACCCUAUUAUCUUUUGUGAUGACCUGUUAUGGGAUCGUCCACAUUGCUGGAGAGUUCAAAGACAUGGACGCCUCCUCAGAGCUGAAAAACAAAACAUUCGAUACACUGAGGAACCACCCAUCUUUUUACCUUUUCAAUCACCGGGGUCGGGUGCUAUUCCGCUCACCGGAGGAAGAGCCCACCUCUGUACGCAACCAGCAAGCUCUUCCCAAUCCCAUACGGCUACGCAAGCUGGAGCAUUUGCACUGAGACUGGCCUUUUCCUGCCUGUGACAUCAUCCACUUCAGAUAAAAUGUGUUUUUGUUAGACAGAGGGAGCAAGAGAGCAUUAAUCUCCCUCUACUUUAAUUUGUAUUUGUACAUAAACUAAUAUGCUGUCCAAACAUGCAUCUCUGUCCAUACAAGUGGUCACCACCAUAUUUGACACUGACUGUGCCAACCCUUCAGUUUUUCAAGCCGAUUUGUUUGUAUAUACAGUAUGUAAUUGCUUUGGAGUCUUAAGAUACAGAGACAUUUACCCUUUUUGUCCCCUAUGAACUGAACUGGGAUCUUGCUGUCCUUUGUAUAUUCUUUGUACGAGGGGCAUAAAAACAUGUUUUGUUACUGUUUCAUUUCAUCCACACAUCAGUCCUCUGCAGCUGUCCGGGAAACAUUUUGUCAACCGAAACGAGUUUUGUUGUAUAAACGUAGGACCCAUUUAUUUCCUUGAUGAUUUCCUGGUAGCAUAAAGGCUCAUUUGAACAUCCUGUAUUCAUUAAAGACGUUUGAGUUAUGACACAGGAAAUCGACUCAAGGUGAGAUGUGAUAACAGGAAACAUUAGGGCAGACGCUCUAAUGAUACUGUGAACACUAUGGAGAACUAGAAAGUAAUGGUACAUUAAUUUGGGUGAAGUUUGUUUUUCUUUAAUUUUACAUUUUGUUAAGAUUCAACAGAUGUUUUUAAUUUAAUAAAAUGCAUACUGAUUUUA